AUGAAGUCGAAAACAAUUGAUUCGUUUUUUAAAAAGAAAAGUACAGAAACUACACAAUUACCUUCAGAAGUGUCACAAAUUGAUGUACCACCUUCAUCAUUUGCUCCUUUAAACUCUGAUGCUCGUCCUUCUAAAAUUUCUAGAGUUGAGGAUAAGGCACUUGAUUUGUCUAACUUAGAACGUGAACCUGGGUUAUGUAAGCAAAUAUAUGAGUAUCCGGUUAAUAUGCGUGAUGAAAUUCGAAGAGCUUAUAUUAAGGUUGUACCUUAUCAACCUAUUCUUUCAGAAUAUCUUGCUUCCAAUUCAAAAAAGCAUCCUCGUUAUUUUCAACCACCAUGGUUUAAACAAUUUUCCUGGUUAGAAUAUUCACCUUCUAAAGAUGUAGUAUUUUGUUUGCCUUGUUUUCUUUUUAAUAGCAAUCCAACUAGUCGUUUUGGAUCAACUGCAUUUACUCAUAAUGGCUUUAGUAAUUGGAAAAAGGUACACGAUGGAUGCAAUUGUGCUUUUUUGACACAUAUGGGAAAAGAUCCAAAUUCACUGUAUAACAAUGCACAACGAGCUUAUGUAGAUUUAAUGAAUCAAGCUCAACAUAUUGAAGUAUCACUUGAUAGACAAACUACACAACAAAUUUCAGCUAAUCCUCUACGUCAUGAUGAAAGCUCAGGAUCAAAAAAUUGUGGGAACUUUCUCGAAUUGUUAUCACUAUUAGCAUCGUAUGAUGAGAAAGUUGAAGAUGUUUUGAAAAGUGCUCCACAAAAUGCUAGUUAUACUUCUUCAACAAUACAAAAAGAGAUAUUGCACAUUUAUGCUAGUAGAGUUCGUAAUGUAAUUCGUGAAGAAAUUGGUGACAGAAAGUUCAGCAUUAUUAUGGAUGAAGAGAGAGACGAGUCAAAAAAAGAGCAAAUGGCAAUUAUUUUGAGAUUUUUUGAUAAACAAAGACAGCUUAGAGAAGUGGUUGAAGUGCAUCAAUUCUUUAAAGACUUGUCUGAUAUUGUUAAUAUUGCUUCGACUUCUUCCAAACGACACAAUGAAUUACAAAAAGCCCAAGCAGCUGAAAUAUCUCAUUUGGUAUCCAUCAAUGAGUUAGCAACUGGAACAGGAAUGAAUCAGAUUGGCACUUUACAAUGUCCUGAUACUCAGUUGCAAGAAUUUAAGAGCAGGUUUAACAAAAAUGUUGUCGAGCUUCUCACUCUUACUACAGCUUUAGAUCCCAAGGAGUUUUUCAAGUUAUUUGAUAUUGAUAAAAUUUGCAUUCUUGUGAACAAGUUCUAUCCAGAAGAAUUUUCUCAACAAGAGAAAGAACGUCUUCCAUAUGAGUUGAAGCAUUAUGAACUUGAUGUAUGUAAGCAUCCUGAUUUGAGAAAAAUAUCAACACUUUCUGAACUUUGCAGAAGUUUAGUUGAAAGUGGAAAGUCAGUCAUGUACCCACUUGUUGACAGAUUUAUUCGUCUUAUAUUGACUCGACUUCGUAGCAAGAUGGAAGAUGAUUUUUUAAGAAGUUCUUUGGUUAUGUACAUUGAGAAAGAAAUUGCAGAAAAAUUUGAUAUCAACGAAAUAAUUGAUGAUUUUAGUUCAGCUUUUGGUUCCGUUGGUUCCUCAUUAUCUGGGACUUCAGCUGAUUACAUCGUGGGAUCUUCUUCUGCUUCGGGGUCCUCACUUUCUUCCACUCAUUGCUGUAGAACAGAUUCUCCAGCUCUUUGGUAG